AUGCAGAACGACUUCAGCAACAACGUCGCCUAUCACCCCCAGUAUACCAUGAACUACCACCAUCAUCCUCAGACUCAGCAACAGGCGUACCCUCCAGUGUCUCCUACUACUGCGGAACAGCUCUACAACUACGCCGCGUCGACCUCGUCGAGUCUGGUCCAACGUCGCCGCUCCGGUGGCUCGAGACGCGCUAGCCCAGAGACUCUGAUCUCCCUCGAUGCUCCUACGCAGCCCCGGCGGUACCUCACUCCCUCAGCAACGUCACGGAAGGACGUGCCCGCCUUCUUCAGCAAGCGCGGAACCUACUCCCGGGUAUCGGAUGAAGAAGAGGACGAGCUCCACGAGGAGCCCCCCGCUCCAAACGCCACCGACCAGGAGAAGAUCGAGUGGAAGAGGCGCCAGAACACCCUCGCUGCGAGGCGGAGUAGGAAGCGCAAGCUCCUCCAGCAGCAGGCCUUGGAGGAGCAGGUGGAGGAGCUGAAGAAGGAGAAGGAGGUGUGGAGGACGAGGGCGUUGACGCUCCGCCAGCUCUUGCUCAGCCAUGGUAUCCUCUGCCCCGACUUCAAAGACUGA